AUGAAGGUGCAUCACUUUGCACGUGGAUUCUGGGAGGUGCAGGAACAACCAUUCCUCACGCUUGGGUGCAAGCGUUUGCGCCCUCUUGCUCCCAAACUGCCCAUCACUCGAGACAUAUGUGACGACACGACGAAUCAAAACAAAAUACUCGGUGUCAGCAUUACCCAACCAUUCGAUCUCAAGAGUUUCAUUAGACCAGAAACUGGCCGUAGAAAGAUAGAAUCCUCGGAUGAUCACAAGAGAGUAUCAGCUCAGGUGGAGACAAACCCUGGUGGGACAAGAUGGAAUCCAACUCAAGAACAGAUAGGGCUACUGGAGAUGCUGUAUAGAGGGGGAAUGCGUACGCCGAAUGCACAACAGAUUGAAAAAAUCACUGAGCAGCUGGCUAAGUAUGGAAAAAUAGAGGGGAAGAAUGUGUUUUACUGGUUUCAAAACCACAAAGCACGCGAGCGACAGAAGCAGAAGCGGAGUAGUCUAGGACUUAUCCAUUGUUCAAGAAAACCACCUUCUAUAAUCGACACUUCUUCCAUCCCGAUAACAGCGGGAGACAUGGGGAGGGAAGAUAGUCCUGGCAAGAGAAAAUGCAGGCCAUGGACAUUUGAAUGCCUGGAAAUGGACAAGAAAUACUGUAAAGAGGAAGAAGAUAGGACCCUGAAACUCUUCCCUUUGCACCCUGAAGGAAGAUGA